AUCAAUUAUGUUUUAAUGGUAACGCUUCUAGCAAGCCUAGUGUCUAGCAUGCCUCUUACAUAGCCGGUGUUGGCAUGUUACCACAAUGUUGCUGUAAUAUAACUGACCUUGUACAUGAGAAAAACAUAAUGAAGGACAUCCUGUAGACUUGAUAAGAAUUCAAACGGAUUGCAAUGAAGAAUUCAGGAAAGGGAAGUUGAAUUUCUGAAAAUCAGGACACUUAUGGGGUGGCCUUAUUUAUUUCCUUAAACAUAACUGAAAUAUAUUUUGCUUAAUUAACUGCCUGUUUCAGCAAAAUAGUCAAUAUACCAGAUGUCACAUGCUAUCAUAACUCAAUUCUUGUCACUAAGGUUGUCAUUAGGCCUUUACAGUUUCCAAAAAUGUUCUUCAGUUGUUUAGGUAGAUGUGUACUGUGCUUUUGCUGUCAACAAUUUGGUUUGAUUUUAAGGUGGUGAUCAUAAAGAUAGGCAAUUAUAGGCAAACAUACAUGUACAUUUUUUUUAAAUGUAUGAGGUGUUCUAAUAUUUAAUAUGUCACAUUAACCCAGUAGCCCAACACCUCGAACUACCCUGGAAAACCUAACCGACCUAAUUGUCUCAUCGAAUUAUCGGUGUAAUUACUAUAUACACUUUUUGUGGAUAAAUAUGUAGGCCUUGGAGAAAUAUUUGCUGGGGAAUUUGAAAAUACAAUAGCUGCUGCCAUACCUAACCAAAACACACGGCGGCGCUAAUAAAACUGUUUUAACUCUGGUGGAACUGCACGCGAAGAAGAGUGAAAAUAAAAAAGAAUGACUUUUUUGAAGAGGAGUGUUUGGACACUGUAUUGGAAAGGUAUAGUGGCAAAGUUGAGUUUGGACUCGAGGGUGGCCUUACAACUUUCACCCGGGCCAUGCCGUUAUUUUGACGAGCCUGUUGACGUGAAGGUCACGGGACUUCCCCCUGAACAAUAUGUUGAGGUGCGAUCCAAACUUAUAGACAGUAGAAACGUUUCCUUCAAGGCCUUGGCCACUUUUUGUUCUGACAAAAAUGGACACAUUGACUUGGCGAGAUGUCCUUCGUUGGGUGGCAGCUACAGUGGAAUUGAGGCGAUGGGACUGUUUACUUCGAUGAGACCAUUGGUUCCACACAGUAGGCUAACCAAGAGGGAUGUGUCAACGCCGCUGUCAGUUGACAUAGAGGUGACGUGCAAUGGACUGGUCGUUGCCAAAGACACCGUCCAGAGGCGAUUUCUGGGAGAUGGUGUGCAGAAAGUUCCAUUGGAAGGUGGCAGUAUAAGGGGUUCACUGUUUCUGCCACCUGGACCUGGUCCCUUCCCUGCCAUUCUGGACAUGCCUCACUUAGGUGGUGCUUUGACAGAACUACGAGCAAGCUUGCUAGCCAAUAAAGGUUAUGUUGUCAUGGCUUUGGCAUAUCAUGGUUAUCAGGAUUUGCCCAAAGUCUUGGAUAAACUUGACCUGGAGUACUUUGAGGAAGCCGUGACAUUCCUGCGGGCUCACCCCAAGGUAAAGGGAACAGGUAUAGGGAUCCUCUCCAUCUCCAAAAGUGGGGAUCUAGCGUUUGCAAUAUCAGCAUUCCUUCCUGGAGUCGCAGCAAUUGUCUCCAUCAAUGGCUGCAAUGCCAACACCCAGUUUUCUCUCCAUUACAAAGAUAUGGUCAUCCCUCCCACCAAAAUGGACCUUAAGAAUGUUACUGUCACAGCUGAUGGACUUCUGGAUGUAAGGGACGUAGUUCUAGAUCCUAUGAUGGAAGAGAACCAGGCCUCUGUGAUUCCCAUUGAGCGUGCAAACUGCCACUUCAUGUUUGUGGCGUCUGAAGACGACAGGAACUGGAACAGUGUUUUAUUCAGCGAACAGGCUGCUCAACGGCUUCGAGAUUAUGGGAAAGAGAACUUUGAGGUGGUGAGAUACCCGAAGGCAGGUCACUUCCUGGAUGUUCCCUACAUGCCCCACUGCCCCAGCAGUUUCCACCCAGCUGUGGGCAGAGUGGUGGUGAUGGGAGGGGAGCCUAAAGCUCACGCUGAGGCCCAGGUUGAUCUGUGGAAGAGGGUCCAGGAGUUUUUUCAGGAAGCAUUUAAACAGUGA